ACAUGGAUAGGUGCAUUCGCGAUCUUGCGCUCAGUUCACCAUAACAAUCGUCAAUAUGGCCACAGCUUGGACACCACUAGAAUCGAAUCCCACGGUCAUGAACAAGUACAUGGAAAGGCUUGGUGUAGGAGAUGGAGUUUGGGCCUUCACUGACGUAUGGGGACUUGACGAAGAGCUUCUACAGUUUAUACCGCGUCCAGCGGUUGCUGUGGUCUUGCUAUUUCCUAUUACAGAUAAGUACGAACAAUAUCGCCUCAGCGAAGAAGAACGUCUCCGAAGAGAGGGUCAAGUCGUUAGCCCACAGAUUUACUUUGUUCGGCAAACCAUUCCAAACGCAUGUGGCACGAUUGGAUUGCUGCAUGCGUUGGCAAAUAAUACCGACUUAUUGACGCUGAAGGAGGGCCCAUUGCAGCGGAUUCUUGAUCAAACCAAGGAUAAAACUCCAGAGGAACGAGCCCGGGUACUGGAACUCUCCGCGGAUCUAGCCAGUGUCCACGAUGAGAGCUCUCAAGAAGGACAGACAGCGGCACCACCCCGGGAACAAGAUAUUGAUACACAUUUCAUAUGCUUCGUUCAAAAAGACGGCCAUCUCUACGAAAUGGACGGCCGCAAACCGUGUCCCAUAAACCACGGAGACUGCGGCGAUCUUUUACUAGAUUCGGUGAAGGUCAUAAAACAGUUUAUGGAACGCGACCCAGACAACCUGAAUUUCACAGUUAUUGCACUGGCACCCAGUCAAGAGAGUGCGGCCGAUUAAUCAUAUGGGACGCAGAUUUUAGUGGGAAGGCACCUUAGGCGUAAUAUCCUGGAAAGCUUGCAAACUGUUCUUUUGGUUGUUCUGCUGUCGUAUUAACAACCGUCACAUUGAAUACUACUGGCAGCUGGCAGAACCCCUUUGUAUUCUCUAACAACGCAGAUGAGCAGUAUCUACUUUAUGCAUUGCAGUUGUGAUCACCGGCUAGUCGUGUUGAACUGGGCAAAAUAGUCGUCCGUAGGUUUGUUAGUGUAGACAACUUUGUCCAAGUAGUGUUUCCUGAGUUGAAAUUUAUGAGCCGGUGCUCCAC